AUGGCUGAAUUACCCCCCUGCUUCGUCAACGAGGUAACUGAACCGGUCAGAGUCAUCAGCACUGGGUCAAUUCGACCAAAUGACGAAAGUUGCGCGUCAGAAGUCCAUCAGUUCUCGACCUUGGGUGAGAUCAAGUCCCACUUCAGCCUUAGUCAAAGCUAUCCCUGGCACUUUGUGUCGAUAUGUCAGCAGAAUUCAUGGGAGCCGCUGCAGGUUACCAAACCCAUGUUUAGCUUCCUAACUGAGACCGUUAACCUGAACUCUUCAGUUUGGGAUAUAUCGUCAUGCUUUUAUGAGAAGGACAUCGACGUGGAAUCAACCUUUUGCAUUCCGUUCACAGUGUCUCAAAAUGGUUCUGUAACAGAGUUAUCAUAUACUAUCCGAUAUCCCGAGUUUAAGGUAGCCCCAGGCGCUUGGGUCAUUCGACAAACUGGAGUAUAUCAAAAGUUCAACACCAAGUCGUGCCAGAACGUCAUCAUUUUGUUCAAUCCUGCGCCAGCUUGUGCUUUACAUAAAAAGGCGGAAAUUGAACUUUCUAGAGCACGAUUGGCACUAACAUCUCCCAAGGCCAGCAACGCAGUGUCAUCGUUUGUUGAGGAGCUGUCUGAGACUGAAUUUCACCAUCUCCCUAAACUGGCGUAUCUUGAAAGUCGCCUGGUACAGAUACCCUUCCUAUUAGCAGCCUCCAAUGAUGUCCUUGCGGGAUUAUCGUCUCUGUGUCAAGGUUUACUUUGCAACACAGACGAUCACCUACAAGAGUCAGCAAGAACUGCAAUGGUACAAUUCAAUCAGCAGAAGAGUUACUGCGAAGUCUAUAGUCGUGGGGCACAAUGCCUACAACUACAGUCCCAGAAGAUCACGCAACUUCUCGCCAACACUCUUAACUUUAGAGAGCAGUCUCUAGCCAAGGUACAGAACACUACCAUGCUUCGAUUGAACAAGUCUGCUGUUUUCAUUACCACGCUGACUUUGUUGUAUUUGCCCCCUUCAUUCGUAGCAACCUUCUUCGGCAUGAACUUCUUCGACUUGGACGAAAGUGCAGAUCGGAUUGUGGCAACCCCCAUGAUCUGGAUCUACUUUUUGUGUUCGGCUGUUCUCACUCUUGGGACCUUUGUGUUUUAUCACAUUCUGCUUGACAGAACUGUUUUUGGCCAACUUGCGGCUAAAGCUUUCACGUUCAAGACCUUUAUAAAAAGCAAAACUAAAAAGACUUUAUGUGAUACAGGAUUUGAAGCUGUUUGA